AUGUCGUUGCCUACCCUCGUUUCUGGCGCCGCCAUGACCGCGUUGACUCUAUGGGGGAUGAUAGGGUGCGCAGGUGUAGUGCAAGGGAUUGAGGUUGAUCUGAGCUCUACCCAGUCGAUCAAGGAUGGCGCUGCCACGCUGGCUUAUGAUAUGAUGAGCUUCUACAAAGGCAAUCAGAGUGGUGGCAUCAUUGGGGUUCUUCCUGGGCCACCGCCGAAUCCGCCGGAUGGAUACUACUGGUGGGAAUCAGGCGCAAUGUGGGGGGCCAUGAUCGAUUAUUGGCAUUACACCGGCGACGAAUCCUACAACGACGUUGUCUCGACUGGCAUCCAAGCUCAGGUCGGCGAGAACCUCGACUUGAUGCCGCGCAACUGGAGUCAGAGCAUGGGUAACGAUGACCAGGGCUUCUGGGGCCUCACUGCCAUGAGCGCGGCGGAGACGAACUUCACGAAUCCGCCGAGCGGUUCGCCCGGGUGGCUCGCAUUGGCUCAGGCCGUGUUCAAUUCCCAGUCCAGACGCACGGAUGGGGAAUGUGGGGGAGGGUUGAGGUGGCAAGUCUUCCCGUACCUGAUUGGAUAUGACUAUAAGAACUCCAUUGCCAACGGCUGCUUCUUCAACAUUGCUGCCAGACUUGCUCGAUACACGGACAACAGCACCUACUACGACCAUGCGGUCCAGACUUGGGAUUGGAUCACCAGCGUAGGCUUCAUCGACAAGGACUACAACGUCUUUGACGGCGGUCACAUUGGGCACAAUUGCACUGAUAUCAACCGUGUGCAGUUCUCGUACAACAUUGCUAUUUGGUUGCUCGGGGCAGCGAAUAUGUAUAACUAUACAAACGGAUCGUCCAUCUGGGAAGAUCGAGUCAACCUUCUCCUCAACAGCACCUUCAACACAUUCUUCCCAAACGAUAUCGCCUAUGAGGUAGCCUGUGAGCCGAAAUUGACAUGCUCGAUUGACAUGUUUAGUUUCAAGUCUUACGUCAUGCGCUGGCUGGCUGCUACAUCGAUGGUUGCUCCGUUCACUCGGGAUCGCAUCAUGCCCAAGCUCAGAAAGUCCGCCCAAGCAGCUGCAGCACAAUGCACUGGCGGCGCCACCGGCCGAACCUGCGGACUCUCGUGGUCCAGUGGCGUCUACGACGGGACCGUAGGCGUAGGUCAGCAAAUGGCUGCCAUGUCCGCCCUCUUUGUCAACAUUCUUCCUCUGCAAGAAGUUCCCCCACCUCUGACCAAUAAUACUGGUGGCACGAGUGUGGGAAAUCCGGAUGCGGGCGCCCGCAGUGUCACGGAUCUGAGGAUGCUUCUGCCACCUAGCGAGCAGGACAAAGCUGGGGCGGCCGUGAUUACGGCGGUGUGGGUAGCUGCGUCGGUGGUCUUGUUCGGAUGGAUGAGUGUUGGGGAAUCUUGA